GUUACGCCGAGGCAGGACAGCUCAAACAGGUGGAUGGGUUUGAGGUGCGCAACCUUAACUUUUCCUCCUCCUGGUCCCUGGAGUCGAGCAGUGACAAGGAGGUAGCAGGGUGCCGAGCGGAGCUGAACCUGAAGAGCCGGACUCUGUCACCUGUGCUGCUGCACAGUGGGAAGGCAGGGAGGCGGAGCGGGAAGCACUGCCGGCACUCUAGCCGGGGGCGCCUCAGCAAGUUCAUGAGCCGCAGUGUGGAGACGGUUGUGGUGUCUGGAGACGAAGGCCGGAGGCCCACCUGCUCCUUCAAGAGCAGGAGCCUGGAACGCUCCCUCAUGUUCAAAGAGCCUGCUGAGGUCCUAGCUCCCAGGAAGUUCCAAGUCGCUGCCACCCAUCUGCCUCUCAAAGGGAUCCUGAAGCAGACAGGUAUGCUGGAAGUGUGCCCUGAGAGCCUGCGCAAGUCCCGCUCGGUGGAGACGCUGGCCCAAGGCCGCAGCUCGCGCAAGUACAGCGACCCUCAGCUGUGCCUCAGCCGGAGGGAGAGACGCUCGCUGGAGCGCAGCAGCAGCACUGCCGAUGCCAUCAAGCGCCAGGAGAAGGUCACUGAGGAGAAGCUGCAGUUCUCCAAGUUCCUGGAUGAGAUCACCCACCGUGUGCUGAGCCCUGUCCACCUGCAAUCCCUGGGGGAGGCCAGAGGAAGAGGGGGAGGCCAGGACUCUCCUUCCUCACCAAGAGGCUCCACUCCAGAAGGUCAAAAGGAAAGCCAGCCUGAGGGGGCCAAGCGAGCAGCUGAGAAGAGCCAUCGCCUGAGCAGGAGAAAGGCAGAUAAGAAGCGUGAGGGUCUGGAAAUGGCUUCCUGCCGGAGGAAGCCCCCUGAGGAGGCUGAGAGGGCCCCCAGGCUGAGGAGAAAGCCCGUCCUGGUGAGGAAGGACAGCAAAGAGAAGUUCCUCUCCAUGGAGAGACGAGUAGUGGAUCUGUGCCAGUAUGAGCUGCAGCAGCUGGCAGAGCUGGGUUUGGCAGGGGUGUCCUCUGAGCAGCAGCAGCAACUGCUGUCUUCAUGGAAAACCAGUCAGGAGGGAGGAAGGGACAGAGAGAGGGACCGAAGCAAGCACCAAUUGCGGCAAGUGCGGCCUCAGCAUCUUGGCACCAAACCUGGCCAGAAGCCAGUGACAGAGCCAGGCUACCUAGAGAGCGCAUCCUUCUCCCCUCCGACACACUGGAGCCAGGAGGAGGGCACUGCCUCACCUAGAACCUCCCCUUCCUUCAGCCUAGCACUAAACAAGGAGCCCUUGACGGAUGCAGAAAGGAUGAAGUUGCUGCAGCAUGAGAAUGAGGAGCUGCGCCGGCGGCUGGCCUAUGUCACCAACAAGAUGGAGUCGAUGGAGAGGGAGCUGGAGUCUGGCCAGGACUACCUGGAGCUGGAGCUGGGCCAGAACCGCGAAGAGCUGGAGAAAUUCAAGGACAAAUUCCGCAGGUUACAGAACAGCUACACUGCUUCACAGAGAACCAAUCAGGACCUGGAGGAGAAGCUGCAUACCCUGAUAAAAAAGGCUGAGAUGGACCGGAAGACCCUGGACUGGGAGAUUGUGGCGCUCACUAACAAGCUGCUAGAUGCCAAAACUACCAUCAAUAAACUUGAGGAGCUCAAUGAGCGCUAUCGGCAGGACUGUAACCUCGCAGUGCAGCUGCUCAAGUGCAACAAGUCCCACUUCAGGAACCACAAGUUUGCUGAUCUUCCCUACGAGCUGCAGGACAUGGUCAAUAAGCACCUGCACAGCACCCAGGAGUCCCCAGGCCCUGGGCAGGAGGCUGCACAUACCCUGGCCCCAUCUGACGUCGUGCCCACCUCAGUUAUUGCCAGAGUGCUGGAGAAGCCCGAGUCACUGGUCCUGAACUCUGCCAAGUCCAGCAGCGGCAGCUGUCCCAUGGCUGAGGAUGUCUUUGUGCACGUGGACAUGAGUGGAGCUCUGCUGGACGCCUGCCCCAGCCCAGGGCUGCCUGGGAAGGAGAGAGGGGAAGUGGGGAAGCAGCAGAACGGGGGCUGCAAGCCACAGAGCAGUGUGGAGAGCCUGCCAGAGGAGGUGCCUGCCUUCGAGAAGCUGAGCCCCUACCCUACGCCCUCCCCUCCCCACCCCAUGUACCCAGGGCGUAAGGUGAUUGAGUUCUCUGAGGACAAGGUGAGGAUCCCAAAGAACAGCCCCCUGCCCAACUGCACCUAUGCCACGCGACAGGCCAUCUCCCUGAGCCUGGUGCAGGGCGAGGACGAGAGCAGUGAGAGGCACCGGACGCUCCCUAACAGCCCUGUCUCAGAGGGCCGCCACUCAGCCUCCAGUUGCUCCUACCAGCCAUCUCCCAAGGCAGCUCGGGCACACGGCUCCUCGCAGAGCAGCCCUUUCAGCAGCCCACCCCAGAUCCCCAGCGCCUUCGCCAGCUCGGCCAGCUCGGAGGAGGACCUCCUGGCCAACUGGCAGCGGAUGUUUGUGGACAAGGCGCCCCCCACUUCAGACCAGGUGCUGGUGAGCCGCACCUCCUUCAGCCGUGACAUGGCCCCGGAGCUCCAGAAGCGAUUCAGCCGCUCCAUGCAGGAGCUGGGCAGGGCGGCCUCAGCCUACUCGGACGGCGAGGAGUCUGCGCAGAGCUGCAGCUGGACCGUGAGCCGGGACUCGAGUGUGGACACAGACAGCACUGAGUCCCGAGCCCGCAGGAGCCAUUUCUCCUCCGACUACGGCACGGACUUCUCCCAGGAUGAAGCCCGGAAGCUGCUCCAGGGCAGUGGCGGGGGCACCGCUGAGCCCAGCAGCCCCCUGCCAGAGAAGCACAAGGACUAUGUGGACCUGGGCUCACCUGGGAGUCCAGCUGAGGAAAGGGAAAUGCUGCUGCAAGCAAGCAAGGAGAGCAGCCCAGGGGGAGCCCUGGAGGAGAGCGGGGAAUGCAGGAGCAAGCCUCCCUCAGGGCGGCCACACCGCAGCCCCAAGAGGAUGGGUGUCCACCAUCUCCAUCGCAAGGACAGCCUGACGCAGGCCCAGGAGCAAGGCAACCUGCUCAACUGAGGCUGGGCAGGGAGCAGUGCCCCGGGGCAGUGCUGUAGCUGCCUUACCACUCACGGGGUUGGUGUCCCCGGCACGACGCAUGCCCCAGGGGGCUGCAGACUCCACUCCCACCUUAUAUUUAUUCUGGUUUUGAUACUCUGAGGCGCCAGGAUCUUGCCGGCGUUCUGCACCCACCACACCAGAACACACACUUGGGGCCUCGCUCGGCCUGGCAUGCAUGCCCAUGCCUGUGCUCACCGCUCGUCUGGUGCCUGCCGUCACACUCAAUCUUCCAGCCCCACCCUGGGGCCUGGGCCUGCCCUCACACUCAUGCUCACACUCAUGCCCUGGUGCCCAUGCCCAUGCUCUCAUUUUCAGGCUGAUGCCCCUGGCCCUGGCCCUGCUUGUGCUGGUGCCCAUGGCUGCUCUGUUCCUACCUUUCAACUUGUGCCAACAAGUAGAAACUCUUUGCCCUGGUCUUGUCUGAUCCCCGUGAGCCACUGCAGGCUGAGUGGGGCAUGAGGACUGCCCUGGGGGGUGGGUGCUCCUUGCUGCCUGGCCCCCUGCUGUGGGUCAGGAGCAUUGAGUUGGGGAUGGUGGUUUUGCUAUUUUUUGUUCCCCCCCUGCUGCCAUGUUGAUCUCUGUGGCAACCAGCUGACAGUCGUGGCUGGCUCUCCCUUAAAGCUUCCUCUGCAGAUCCCUGCUGCCUAGCUCCUGGGCCUGGCCCAACACGUGGCUCAUGCAGAGGCAAUGCCCUGGGAGAGCCCCAGUUCCCUCUGCCGUGGGACUGGGCCAGGGCUGCCCCCGGCUGGCCUGCAGGGUUCCCAUGGCAGUGGUUUGUGUGCUGUGGGUUGGAUUGUGUUUGUCUCUCCCCAUCUCUGGGGGCUGUUGCACUGGCCUGGCUCGUGUUUGGCUGGUGCUGAGUCUCUGCUCCUGGGUCUUCCUCUCAUUUUUUAAUUCUUUCCAGGCCUUUGCUUUUAAAAUGUUUUGUUUUUCUCUUCCUGCAUAAAUGAACAAAGCAGCUGACAGCCAAUCCAUUGUCUGCCCAGAGGUCUGGGGUGAGGUCCUGCCCUAGGAGCCACCCUUCCCAUCCUGGCCUUUCUACUCCAGCAGAGCCAUAUGGACUCCAGGGCAGGAUUUUACCCCAGGAGAGCAAUAAAUGAAAGACAGUAGCAAGCUGCCUCUGGGCAGGGCCCCAGCAAGGGCUCUGGGGAGAGAGGGAGACGCCCUGAGGAGCAGGGCUUAUCACUGCUGUGUGCAGACACGGUACCUCAUGGCUCAGCAGUGGCCCUUUGGGGAGGCCCCCGUGCAUGUGCACUCCUUCCUCUGGCUGGGUCCCGGGCUGGCUCCGGUGCCCUUCCAAGGCCUCUCCACUGGCAGGGCUGGAGUUGUGUUUGAUUUUCCUCGUGUUCAGUGUUGGUACGAUUUCCCUUUUCAGUGUUUAUGUGCUCAGUGUCCCUGGGGCGGGGAAGGGGAGAAGUCAGGAGUGUAGAUAUUUUAUUUGGGGGAUAGAGCCCCAGUGUUUCGUUAGGAGUUUCCUUGCCUCUCUGGAUUUUUACCUCUCCACCCCGAAGGUGUAACCCAGCACACUGGCAUGGUCUCUAUGCUGCUGCCUUGGGCCGGGGGACCCCCUUCCCUUGGCUGUGGUGGGUUUGAAGCUGGAGCUGUGGUGUCCUCCUCCAGUGAGAGCGAGCUGCUGCCCUGUGCUUCGCUAUGUAUGGAGGGUGCAGCCUCUCUCUGCAGGAAGGAAGCUCCCAUUCAAACCCAGCAAGAGAUGCUGCGCUGUGGCAGUGUCCCUCGCUAAGCGCCUGGUGGCUGGUGGCAGCCAGGGCCAAAGCUUUGCUCUCAGCUCCAGCCUGGAGGGCUGUGAAAGCAGGGCCAUCCUUAGGCAUAUGCAGCUGCGUAGGGCAUCAUGAAAUUUGGGGCACCAAAUUGCCCCAAAUUUCAUGGUGCCCUAGGCAGCUGCGUACUGCAUAUGUGGCAGCACCAGCCCUGGCGACCAGCCCUAUCCCCUGGCCGGCCUUCCCAUGGGCUGCAUCCACUGCAAGGGGCAGGGCCGUCCCUAGCGGGGUACGGGGCCCUGGACAACUCCCUCCACCCCACCUCUUACCCUUUCCCCCUGCUCCGGCCUUGGCCCGGCCCCAUUCCACCUCUUCCCCCAGUGACCCCGCACUCACCAGCCGCGGGAAGUGGAGCGAUGCAGCCCCAGCCCACUCCACUUCCCUCACCCCGGCCCCAGCUGUGUCGCUGGGGGGAGGGAGGGAGUUAGGGAAAGGUUUCUUCCCCCCACCCCCCAGACUCACCGGCGGCAGGAAGCAGAGCGCUGUGGCUGGGAGCUGGUGGAGUAGAGCGGGCUGGGGCCGGGCUGGUCCGCUUCCCGUCGCUGCCGGUGAGUGGGGGAUCCCUUCCCUCAAGCGACAGGGCCGGGCAAGGGAAGCGGAGCGGGCUGUUCCUGGCCCCCGAUUAUUUCUCUGGGCCUGUGGGGCCCCCAAAAGUGCCCCCCUCUGCUCCUGCCUCCCAGACCCCGGGGGGGAGCCCUGGGGCCCCACACAACCCCCCGUCCGGGGGGGGGGGCUGCGUAGGGCACCCAAAUGGCUAGGGAUGGCCCUGUGUGAAAGGGAGCUAUUCCCUCUCCUGUAUCUUGGCCCAGCCCAUUGCUGCUUCCUGUGUGAAUAGAUUUGGGCACUCUGGUCACAGCGGCUGCCUGUGCACUUGCCUUGUUCCUGGCCACUCAGCUCAGUGUGGUGCUGGGGCAGGACUCAGUAUUUCAGCACAGCUGCCCUAACAAAUUGGUGCUAAUGGUGGGAGCCUCCUCAACCUGCAAGGUACUAAUCCUGUGUGUGUGUGUAUGUGGGGGCUCUGCCCAGGCCAGUUCCUCUCUCUCCGGUAGCCUCCUUGCAGUGCUGAGGUCCAAGCUGCUGCUUCCUCCCACCCCAUCUUCAUGCCCCAGCCACAGGGCCUCUCCUGUUGAUCGGGCUCCUGUACCUUGUCAGCACAGCUUGACUCCAAGCCUCCUGGGCUGUGUGGCCUCACUUGUGUGUCAUGACCUACCUGUGAGCUGCUGGGAGCAUGAGGCUGGCCUGGGUUGUGUCUGGUCCUUGAGCUGGUUAGUGUAGGUGGGUCUGAUCACCUCCAUCUCUCUACGAGAGGUGCUUCCCCUCCUGGCUCGAUCCAAAGGUCCCUGGUUGCCCUGCAACUGGCUGUCCCGAGCUGUUCAGGACAAAAAUUUAAAACCACCUGAUUGCAGAAGCAGUUGGUGUUCUGGUCCCUGUAAGGCAAAAGCUAAUCUCCCUUUUGCCUUUCAUCACAUCAGGCUAGAAGCAAGGGCAAGGGAAUGUCCAUAGGCCCAGUCCAGGCCCUGGUCCUGAGGUGCCAUUUCCUUUGGAGUGUGACCCACAAGAGAAAUGGUGAGGGGAAUGUUGGGCAGCCAGGAGAGAAGGAGCAACCUGCUCUGAGGCUGCGUCCAUGGGGUAUCAGGCCUUUACACUCCUUCUUGUAUCUGGCAGUACUGGCUCUUGGGGGGGCCCCACUUUUCAGUGUCCCAACUCCAGCCUGUUCCUCUGCAACUAAUGUGUUUUUUCUGAGAUUUUCAAACUGAUGUAUAUUUUAAAACCAGAAAUAAACUAUUUUAAAAGUAA